AUGAACCCAUCAGCGCCUGAGGGACAGCGGGACAGGGGGGAAGGAGGCUCGGGGUGUCACCAGAAUGAUCUGAGGGGUGGAUUCAUGUCCCUAAGGCUGAACCUGGCAAGGAACACGCUGAGAUCAGCACCUGUGGGCAAUGGGCAGCGAGCAGCAGGCAGCAGGCAGGAUGGACAGCAGGCAGGAUGGACAACAGGCUGGGAUGGACAGCAGGCAGGAUGGACAACAGGCUGGGAUGGACAGCAGGCAGGAUGGACAGCAGGCAGGCAGGAUGGACAGGGGCAGGCAGAGGUGGACAGAAGACAGCCUGCAGUCAGGGAUGGACAGCAGGCAGGGAUGGUCAGAUGGACAGCGGACAGGGACGGACACUGGACAGACAGGGACGGACGGCAGGCAGGGAUGGACAGUGGACAGGCAGGGACGGAUGGCACGCAGGGACAGACAGCAGACAGGGACAGACAGCGGUCAGGGACGCACGGACAGCAGACAGGGACGGACGGACAGCAGACAGGGACUGACAGCAGACAGGGACGGACAGCGGAUAGGGACGGACAGGACAGGAACAGGCAGCGGAAAGGCAUGGACAGCGGGCAGACACGGACGGACAGCGGGCAGGGACGGACAGGGACGGACAGACAGCGGGCAGGGACGGACAGACAGCGGGCAGGGACGGACGGAGAGCGGGCAGGGACGGACAGGGACGGACAGACAGCGGGCAGGGACGGACGGACAGCGGGCAGGGACGGACAGGCACGGACGGACAGCGGGCAGGGACGGACGGACAGCGGGCAGGGACGGACAGGCACGGACGGACAGCGGGCAGGGACGGACAGGGGCCGCAGCCCCGCAGCGGGCCGGCAGCAGCAGCGCGACGCGCGCCCUCUGGCGGCCGCAGCCCGCAGUGCCAGCGCCGCUGCCCCCGGAGCGCGGCAGAGCGAGAGCGGAGCCCGACAGCCGCACUCAGCGCUGCUCUGA